UUAAAGGUAGAGACCUGUGGGUUCUUGUUCUGGGAAGGUUUCCAACCCAUCAUAAGAUUGGCAUUCCAGAGUUCAAGUAUGUUGCUAAUAUGCAUGGGGAUGAGACUGUUGGGAGAGAAAUCCUUCUCCAUUUGAUAGAAUUCCUGGUGACCAGCUAUAGACGUGACCCAGUUAUUACCCGGUUACUCAAUAAUACCCGGAUUCAUAUCAUGCCAACAAUGAAUCCUGAUGGAUUUGAAGCUACCGAAGUGGCUGACUGUUAUUACACACGAGGAAGGUACAAUAAGAAUGGAGAAGAUCUGAACAGAAAUUUUCCUGAUGCCUUUGAAAAUAACAAUGCUAGCAUUCAGCCAGAGACUCGAGCAGUAAUGGACUGGAUAAAAAAUGAAACAUUUGUUCUUUCAGCAAACUUGCAUGGGGGUGCCCUGGUUGCCAGUUACACCUUUGAUAAUGGUAACUCAGUUACCGGCUCUUUGCAAGGCUAUAGCAAGUCUCCGGAUGAUGAUGUCUUUAUUCAUCUGGCAAAAACCUAUUCUUUCAACCAUGCCAGCAUGCACAAAGGGACUGGGUGUGACAACAGACAAAGCUUUCCACAAGGCAUUACCAACGGGUAUUCUUGGUACCAGCUGGAAGGUGGAAUGCAAGAUUACAACUAUGUCUGGGGACAGUGUUUUGAAAUCACCUUGGAGCUGUCAUGCUGUAAAUAUCCUCCAGCAGAUGAGCUGGAAAAGUUCUGGAGAGACAACAAAGUUGCUCUGAUCGAAUAUAUAAAACAAGUGCAUCUAGGUGUCAAGGGUCAAGUUACCGAUAAGAAUGGGAAUCCUAUUCCCAAUGCCAUCGUGGAAGCCAAAGGACGGCCCCAUGUCUGCCCUUACCGAACAAAUAAACAUGGGGAGUACUUUCUUCUCCUUUUGCCUGGGACGUACGUGAUCAAUGCUACUGUACCAGGAUUUCAAUCGAUGCUGAAGACAGUGGAAAUACGUGACAAUACUGGUAACUUCAGUGCUUUGAAACAGGACUUCUCUUUCUCGGAAGUCUCCAUGAGAUCAGGAGCUGCUUCAUGUCCCAAAACUCCCCUCUACCAGGAACUCGAACGGGCUUCAGCUGCAGUAAAACCAACUCUACAUACCUUGGUUUUAAUGACCGUUAUGCUUGUAAUUUUCAAAUAAAGUCAGGAAUGACAUG